GUGCUAACGGAUUACCUUGUUUGGGCUUCCUGUGGAUAGACUGAAAUGCAAGAUGGCGACCAAACGGGCCGUAGACCACGAGCAAAGUUCACUCAGCAAAAAACGGCAAAAAACAACAACCAAGGCUAAUAAAACAGAUGAGCUAGAGAAAGAAGUAGACUUUCCAAGAGGAGGUGCUAGCGCUCUUAGUCCUCUGGAAGUUCGCAGGAUUAGGCAAGAAGCUGAGAAAGAUGUUCUUUUUGGGAGAGGAGAAGAAGAGAGCAAGAAAAAGAAGAAAAAAACAAAACCAAAGAAGAAAGCUUCAAAUGAUGAUGAGGAUCAGUCAGUUGAAUAUGAAUCAUCUACCAAACACAAGCAUGUUGAGAGCCUUUCUUUUAAGAAACUCAUCCCUGGGCUGAAGUUACUUGGUGUUAUAAGAGAGGUCAAUCAGUUUGAGAUGAUUGUAAGCUUACCAAAUGGAUUGACAGGAUUUGUUAGUAUCUUUGAUAUAAAUGAGAGGAUUACAUCUUUGCUGGCCUCUCAUGAUGAGAAACAGGACGAGGAAGAAGAGGAUAACAUUCCAUUGCUAGAGGAUCUUUUUACUGUCAACACCUUAGUAGUGUGUGUAAUCAAAGAGAUUAACGCAGAGAAGCAUGGAAACAAGAAGAUCCAACUGUCAAUCAAUCCUGACGAUAUUAACAAUGGAUUGACUAACAUUACCCAAGGAAUGGUAAUUAAUGGUUUUGUGUCCAGUGAAGAGGACCAUGGCUAUGUUAUUUUGUUUGGUAUUCCAGGAAAAUCUGGCUUUCUUACCAAAAAACAACUUCCACCAGGUAGCCUUAGUGUUGGACAGCCUGUUCAAGUUCUGGUUAAGUCAUCAGAUAAGGAAGGGAGAGUUAUCACUUUGAGUUUAGACAGAGAAAAAAUAAACUCUGCAGUGGUGACAGAUGAAAUGAAGCCCAAAUUUUCCAGUCUUGUUCCUGGAAUGUUAGUCAAGGCAACUGUAAAGGAGUGCACAUCCAGUGGUCUUCUGGUAUCUUUUCUCUCUAUGUUUGAAGGUAGUGCUAGCUUAAUCCACUUGCCUGAAAAUGGAGAUGAUGGAGUAAAUCUAGAAGAAAAAUAUAAGAAAAAGUCGAAGCUUGUAGGUCGCAUACUACAUGUCAACCCCAAGAGUAAAUCUGUUGGAAUCAGUUUUCAUGCCAGCAUUAUCGCAAAUGCACCCCAUGCAUUUGGCAAGCUUGCAUUUGGGGAUAUCAUUGAGAAUGCAACUGUGGUUAGAAUAGAUCAAGGACUUGGACUGUUGAUGAAAGUGAUGGACAGUUUCCAUGGUUAUGUACAUAUUUCGCAUGUUGCUGAUAGCCACGUGGACAAACUAGGGAAAAAAUACAAGGCAGGGACACAGCACAGGUGUCGUAUUCUGGGUUUCAAUUCAAUAGAUGGACUUGUGUCAUUGACAAUGCAAAAGUCAGUUAUUGAAAGGCCAUUUCUUCGCUACAAUGAUAUCAAAGUUGGAUCUGUUGUAGAGUGUAAGAUAUUAACCCUAGAAAAGUUUGGAAUGCUUGUGUCAGUGUCACAAAACAUCAGAGGACUGGUUACCACACUGCAUUUUGCUGACAUCAUCCUUAAACACCCUGAAAAGAAACUAAAGGACGGCAAGGAAAUCAAGUGCAGGGUACUAACAGUUGAUCCUGAGAAGCGACGCCUACACCUAACCCACAAAAAGACCCUUGUUUCAUCGGACCUUCCCAUCAUCACUCAGUACAGUGAUGCUACGAGAGGGAUGACGACACAUGGUUUCAUUACAUCCAUCAGAGAGCAUGGCUGUAUUGUCACCUUUUACAAUAAUGUCAAAGGUUUUAUACCAAAAUCUGAACUAAGUAUUCAGCCACAAGAAGAUCCUCAUCAAGUCUUCUACGUUGGCCAGGUUCUAACAUGUCAUGUAAUGAGCAGUCAACCAGAGCAAGGGAAGAUGAAGUUGAGCCUAAAGGCUAGUUCUGCAUUGGCAUCACCUUCAUCUAACCAACAAGAGAGUGGAAAACCAGGAACCAAGGUUGAUAUUGAUGUUGUGGCCAGCAGCAGCGAAGGACUUGAUGUAAUAGUCCAACCUAAAGGAUUCCCAGCCUUGUUGCCUGUAACUCAUCUGUCAGAUCACCCURGUCACUGUGAACCUUUGGUCAAUCUCUACAAACCAUCUGAAAAACCAGUCAGGAUAAGUGAUGCUUUGUACUAUGGGCAAGGCAACAAAAAGACAAAUAUUGUUUCUCUCAAGCCAUCACUCAAAGCUGCUGCACAAAACAAGAACCAGCUGAAGAGUUUUGAAGAACUUGAGGUUGGAAUGGUCCUUCCAGGUUUUGUGAGGCAGAUUAUGGGAUAUGGCGUGUUCAUUGAGUUUGCUCCUAGAAUCUUUGGGCUUGCACCCAACUCUUUCCUUGCCAAUCAGUUUAUCUCUGAUGCUUCAGCACAUUUCAAGAUUGGACAGUCAGUAAUAGCAAAGGUGACUGAAAUUGACGAAGAGCGUAAAAGAUUCCUUGUGAGUCUGAAGCAGUCAGAUGUCAUGUCAGAUAACGAUGGCCAGUGGGAUCCAAGAAUGGCUGUAGAACUGCUUCGAAACUAUCUUAAGGAGCAAGAAAUGAUACUAGAAAAUAUUGCUAGUAAAUCAGAGAAAGCCAACAACCUGUUAUCUUUAAAAAGAGGAAGUUGUAUUGAAGCAAAAGUGAUUUCUGUCAAGAAACAUGGUAUUACUCUACAACUUGCCAAUGAUUUGAAGGGAUUUGUCCCACAUCAGCUAGCACAAGGUGUUAGCUGCCAGGUAAGUGAGGUUGUAUAUGGUGUUCUUUUGGAUUAUAACAUUGACAACAUGAUGGCAGACAUAACCCUGAUGCCGAAGAUCGUAGAUGAAAGAAAAAAAGAAAUGGGUCACAAGCCAAGCAAGAAAAAGAAGCUCAAGAGUAAUCAAGCAGUUGAUUGCAGUGUGCAGCUUAUUAAAGAAGAUUACAUGAUAGUCUGUUUGGAUGACCAACAACACUACAGUUUGGCGUUUGCCCCUUCCAAGAUGCAUCUGAAUGACAUAACAGAUCCAUCCAAGAAAUUUGUUAUAGGACAAAGUUGUACUGCUACAGUUCACAGCUUGCAGCCUUGCAUUGUUGUGCUUCCAGAGAGGAGUAUUAGUUCAGAAAAUAUUAAACCUGGCAUAGAAACUACUGCAGUUGUCAAGUCUGUCAAAGGUCUUCAGAUGAAUGUACAACUAGACAAUUUUGGGUUGAAUGGAAGAGUUCAUAUCUGUCAUGCUGCAGAUGUCAUUGAGAAGGGAAGCUCUCCCUUAAAACAAUAUCAUCCCAAUGACAAGAUUAAAGUGAAAGUCUUGGGGAUAAGAGAUGCCAAAACUCACAAGUUUCUUCCAAUAACACACAAGAAUUUUAGUAAAGCAUUUGCAGAACUGUCUCUAAAACCAAGUGAUCUUGCAUCAAGCUCUGCUGAAACAGAAUACAAAGAAAAGAAGCUUGAAGAUUACAAGAUUGGUGAUAAAGUUACUGCUUUUGUCAAAUCAGCUACAGAUCAUUGUGUCUGGAUGGUUGUCUCAACAUCAGUCACUGGUAGACUAUCGUUAUUACAAGCCUCAUCUGAUAUAAAGGUUCUUAAGAAGCUUGCUGCACAUUUCAAGCAAGGCAAUGGCUAUACUUGUCAUGUGAUUGGUGUUGAUACCACCCAUGAUGCUUUGGACCUGUCAAUAACUUAUAAGCCAGAUGAUGCCUUGGGCAAGGGUCAGGUAGUACCAGGGCGCAUCAGUCGGGUUAAACCAUCCUCUGGUCUCUUUGUACAACUGCCCUUGAAUAAAUGUGGUAUGGUGUCCUUGACAGACGUACAGGACCAUUAUACUGAAAACCCACUAGAGAAGUUUAAAGAGAGACAGAUUGUCGAGUGUUACAUCUUAGGUCAAAAGGAUGAUGAACAUUUUGACUUGUCUCUGAGGCCUUCAAGGACGGAAGCGGAAAGUACUAAAAACCAAACAGUUGAUGAUGGUGAUUAUCAGCCUACUAUUGAUCGUGACAUUGAAGAUCUAACAGACAUAGACGUUGGUGACCUAGUAAAAGGUUACGUCAAGGCUAUUGGCAAGGCAGGAGUGUUUGUUAGCCUGUCUCACACCAUUGUCGCUCGUGUGCAGAUCAAGAAUCUUUCACAUUUCUUUGUUAAAGACUGGAAGCCACUUUUCCCUCUUGGUAAACUCGUUACUGGAAAGAUACUAAGCAUUGAUCCAUCAACUGGACACGUGGAGAUGUCCUUAAAGGGGAAAGACACAGGGUUACAAGACCCUGCACCAAACCCAAAGAUAAAAGACAAAGAAAAAUCAAAGAAAAGAAAAAGAACAGCUGGUUCAAGUGAUUUAAAAACUGUUAAUGAUGAUGGGGAUGACAAUCAUGGUGACGAGGAGGAUGAAGAAACAGUGCUUAAGAAACUCAAAGCAGGCGAAUCAGAUAGCGAAGAAGAAGAAAAGCAAGAUACCGACAUUGAAAGUGAAGAAUCUGACGAAGAAGAAGACGAAGAGGACAUGUCUGAAGAAGAAGUGGAUAUGGAUGUCAAGAAGCGUUCAAGUACGGUUCCACGAUUACAGGUUUCUGGGGGUUUUGAUUGGAAUGCUGCUGAUGAUAAUGCAGAUAAUCACCCAGAUGACAGUGAAGACAGCAGUGACAGUGAAACAGAGACUGCGGAACAGGUUUCACGAAAGAAGAGUAAAAGACAAAAGAGAGCAGAAAAGAAAGCAGAAGAAGACUUCUUAUACAGGACAGAGCAAGCUCUCCUGGAUCAAGACCGUCCCCCGGAGUCUGCAGAGGAUUUUGAUCGUUUGGUGCUGACAUCUCCUAAUAAUUCAGUUCUUUGGCUUCAGUACAUGGCAUUUUAUCUCCACACUACGGAGAUUGAGAAAGCUAGGACAGUUGCUGAAAGAGCAAUCAAGACCAUUUCAUUUAGGGAAGAACGUGAGAAAUUAAACAUCUGGGUUGCUCUGAUGAACCUUGAAAACCUGUAUGGAACACAAGAUACUCUAGUCAAGGUGUUCGAAAGAGCACUGCAGCACAAUGACCCCAAGAAAGUCUUCUUCCAUUUGAUAACCAUUUACUCCAAAUCAGACAAGAAUGAGCUUGCCGAACAGCUGUUCCACAGCAUGACCAAGAGAUUCAGUCAAAGCAAGAAAGUGUGGAUCGAGUUUGGCAGGUUUUACAUGAAGAACGGAAAACUUGAAUCGGCCAGGAAAAUCCUGCAGCGAGGGCUUAAAAGCUUGCCUAAGAGAAAACACGUGGAAACGGUUAUCCAAUUUGCCAUCAUGGAAUUCAAGCAUGGUGACCCUCAGCGAGGCCAGACAGUUAUGGAAGAGGUGUUAAGUAAUUACCCCAAGAGAUCAGACUUGUGGUCAGUGUAUAUCGACAUGAUGGCCAAGCAAGGCGACCCUGAGGCUGUCAGGAAUAUCUUUGAGAGGGUGAUUCACAUGAACUUGUCUUCUCGAAAAAUGAAAUUCUUUUUCAAGCGAUAUCUGGCCUUUGAACGCGAAUACGGCGACGAACUUAGCGUUGAGAAUGUGAAGACUAAAGCCAUGGAGUAUGUGGAGUCGAAAGUGGCAUUGAAUUGAGAAAAAGUGGAGGAAAAUUGGAAUGAAAGAAACAGGAAAGGACGGAUGAACAUCUUAGAGAAAUGCAAUUUGAAAGAAAUAUUUGAGAGAGAGUUUUUAAUCAAAUUUAUCACUUCUUGAAGAGUUACAUAAUAUUUUAAUUCAGUUUUUGGAGGAGAUGUCAAUGAUUAAUGCGAGGUGUAUAACAUGAAUGAUCAACUAAAAAAAGAAUAACAGAAUCCAUGAUGAUGAAGACAUUAUUGUUGAGAAUGUGAAGCAAAACUAGUUCUUGAUAAUAAAAAUAAAUGACACAUG